AAACAGUAUUAUCGCCGUCAUUGUACUGUGAAUUCACGAUUACGUGCCGACGAUAAUUUUCAUAUUUCCCGUCCGUGAUUUUUGUUGUAUUUCAUUGAUUCUCUCAGUUUUUUAAAAAAAAUGAACGACGAUAAACUUAUAACAUUAGUGCGGGAGUAUCCCGUAUUGUAUGAUUCAUCUCAUGAAAAAUACAACGACAGAAAUUACAAAAGUACUAUUUGGAGUAAAAUAGCAAAAGAAAUGGAAACAACUGGGCCUUCGGCUAAAACUAGGUGGGCAAGUAUAAAAGACAGCUACAGAAGAUAUGUGAAAAAAAAUCAAACUGUGAGUGAUAAAAAGGCAAAAAUAUUAAAGAAGUACAAACAGUUGAGUUUUAUUACGAAAUUCUUUGAUAAGAGAGGCACAAUGUCAAGCAUUGAUGACAAAGUUACAAAUGAAGAAUAUUCUCGAAACUGUGAACCACAACACCCUGUCGAUGCAUUUUUAUCUAGUAUAGCUCCAGUUUUGAAAAAAUUAACACCAUGCUACUGGCAUUACGCUAAAUCUGAGAUAUUUGCUUCCGUUCAAAACUAUGAGCUAAAAGUAAUUAUGGACCAGGAACAAUUUGUGGAGCAACUUCCUAUUUCAACGUAUUAUACUCAAUUGUGCUCUGAACAAUCCUCCUCUGCAGCCCUUUCUUCAUCGAACGAUCCUUCUACUCCAGAAACUUCACCUUUCAUUGAUUUAUAAAGCAAUCAAAACCAAAACUUUACUGCAUAUUUUUAAAAAUAUAA